AUGACAGCACUCAAGAUCCUCAUCUGCGGUGCAGGUAUUACGGGCAAUGCCCUGGCUUUCUGGCUUGCAAAUCUCGGCCAUGAAACGACGGUGGUCGAGAGGUUUCCCAACCUGCGAGCCUCGGGACUGCAAGUUGAUCUACGCGGGCCUGGCAUCCAGGUCAUCCGCCGAAUGGGCCUCGAAGAGCUCUUUCGUGAGCGCUCGGUACCAGAACAGGGCUUACGGCUUGUGGACGACAAGGGCCGAUCGUGGGGUUACUUUCCUGUGAACAAAUCUGGUAGAGAGUUGCAGAGUUUUACGACCGAUUUUGAGAUUAUGAGAGGCGAUUUGUGUCAGCUUCUUUACGACACUACAAAGAAGUUUGACCGUGUGAGGUAUCGGUUCGGCAUCUAUGUACAGCAGAUUGAACAGACCGAUCGGUAUGCUGAAGUGAUCUUCUCGGAUGGUGGCAAGGAACGAUUUGAUCUGGUCGUUGGCGCGGAUGGUCAGGGAUCUCGCACGCGAAGUAUGAUGCUCCAAUCCGACAAUAAUGAUGGCAAGCUCGAUCGUAGUAGUGGUUAUGAGGUUCCAGAAAAAUCAGCAGCGGAGGAACCCUUUCAACCCCUUGGGGUCAUCGCAGGGUAUUUCACUGUUUAUCAGGAAGUACAGGAGGCAAAGGAUUACGAUGCUAGCAUAUACCUGACAACGCAGGCUCGGGGCAUCAUGACUCGCCGACACGACCCUCACAAGUACCAGACAUAUCUGUUCUGCAGUGCGAACAAGUCAGCGCGACUCAAAGCUGCUACCAAGGGCGACGUCGACGAAGAGAAGCGAGCACUGACGGAGGUUUUCCGCGGUAUCGGGUGGCAGUCAAAAGAGGAGAUUCUGACGGGACUGGCAGAAUCCGAUGACUUUUAUUGCGAGCGCAUCGGUGUUGUCGUGUUAAACUAUUGGCCGAGUCGUCGCAUUGCGCUGGUGGGAGAUGCAGCUUACUGCCCGUCCGUCAUGACUGGUAUGGGUACGUCCUGCGGCGUCGUCGGGGCAUACAUUCUAGCUGGUGAAAUUGCGAGAUACUGUGGAAAGGACUCUGAAGGAGCAAUGCAUGGCAUUGUGACCGCAUUGGAUAGUUACGAGCAAAAACUAAGGCCGUUGAUGAAUCACAUCCAAAAGGGUUUAACCAACAAUCCGAAUUACAUGGAUCAAUUGCCGUCCUCGAACUGGGCCAUUGGCCUGAUGUACGUGCUUUUCCGAGUCGCCUCCCUCUUGAGGCUGGAUUUCCUUGCACGGUGGGUUCUUCGCGAAGACACAAACGGAUGGGAACUUCCGGAAUACCCAGAGAUGACUGCUUAG